AUGACUUCCGUUUUUUCUCAAUCUUUGUGUUGAUAUUAAUGUGAUUGAUAUUAUCACAUUAAUUAUAUAAAAAACACCUUAUUGUUUUGUAACCUUUAUAAGAAUGAAGUUUCAAGAUUCAAAAGCCUAUAUCCUAAGAACUCCAAGACAAACAGCCACAAUGAGAUUUUUCUUAAUCUUUGUGAUUUUGUGUGGUUUUUACAAUGAAGCAUAUGGGAAAGGUUCUUUAGAUAUUGAUCUGAAAUUGAAGGCUCUUAAUAAACCUGCGUUGAAGACCAUCAAGAGCGAAGAUGGAGAUAUAAUAGAUUGUAUAGAUAUCUAUAAACAACAUGCCUUUGAUCAUCCCGCUUUAAAAAACCACAAAAUUCAGAUGAAACCGAGUGUGAAAUUUGGUACAAAGAAGACUACUAUACCAAACAACGGUUCUUCUGAACACAUAAAAUCUCAGAUUUGGUCUAAAUCCGGAAAAUGUCCAAUGGGGACCAUACCGGUUCGUAGAGUUAGUAGAGAAGACAUAAGCAGAGCCUCUUCACCGUCUCAUUUUGGGAGGAAAACUCCUCACAAAUACAGCUUUCUAGACAACGCACUUCAACAUAAGGGUAAUUUCAAUAUAACACCUGCAAAAAUAAACGAAGCCCAACCAAGGUUAAGAUCGGAGGCAUUUAUUGUGGCCCUAGGGUUCAAUUUUGUCGGAGCUCAAUCUGAUAUAAAUAUUUGGAACCCUCCGAGGGUUGAAGCUACCGACUACAGUACUGCCCAGAUCUGGCUGGUUGGUGGUCUCUCAGAGAAUUUUGAGAGCGUUGAAGGUGGUUGGAUGGUGAAUCCAGCUGUUUUCGGAGACUCACGUACCCGUCUCUUCAUCUCCUGGACUACAGAUGGAUACACUAAAACAGGGUGCAUCAAUCUCUUAUGCGCGGGUUUUGUGCAAACAAGUAAAAAAUUUGCCCUUGGUGCAACCGUUGAACCUGUUUCGAGUUCCUCUAGUACGCAAUAUCACAUCACCGUUAGCAUAUUCCUUGAUCCAAACAGUGGGAACUGGUGGUUGACUUGCGAAAACAACGUGUUGGGUUAUUGGCCGGGUACACUAUUCAACUACCUAAAACACAGCGCCACAGCUGUGCAGUGGGGUGGAGAAGUACAUAGCCCUAACGUAGUAUUGAAGAAGCCACACACGACAACCGCAAUGGGGAGUGGACAAUGGGCAUCUUACAUCUGGGCCGAAGCUUGUUUCCACACAAACCUUAGGAUCAAGGACUAUUCCAUGCAGCUCAAAUACCCCCAGUUUCUAUCCGAGUAUGCUGAUGAGUACAACUGUUAUUCUACACUGCUCCACCGGAAAACAUAUAUGUCAGAGCCCCACUUUUACUUCGGAGGACCUGGCCGGAACUCUCGUUGUCCUUAAUCUCAUGUUGAUUUUGUCAAUGUUCAUUCUCCUGUUUUUUUGUUAGUUUUAUCUUCGGAGGACCUGGCCGGAAUUUUGUUUGUCUUCUAAUUUAAACUAAUCAGAGAAGAUCUUAUAUUGAUCAUAAUCUUUUAAU